ACUUUCUGAUGCAAAGCUGAACAGAAACUUGGAUGUAUUUUGACAGCAGUGACAGAAAACUCUGUUACUUAUAGCACAAAAACUGUUUUCGCUGUUCGCUCAUUUAAGAGUUUUUUGCCUGUUGGGAAGGCAGUAAGUCGGUAGCUGACCAUGUCGUGGGACUGUGGACUCAAGUACAUGUUCUCUGUGUCCCCUGCUCUGCAGCAGGGUAACAAGUGCAUCCUGCGUGACAAGGAGGAACUGUCCAGGCUGGAAAUGGUCCAGAGGCUGGCAAAGGAUGGCUACCGGUUUCUGCAAAAUCACAGCAAGGUUUCGGAGAGGACGAGUGAGCCCCAGAGUGACGAAGCAGUGCGCCUGAGUCUGAGCGACCAGGGCCACGAUGUGCUCGUGCUACGGAGAGUGUCGUCAGCACAGCCAGCGCUCGCUGCAUUGGCGAGGGGAGGAGGGAGAGACGAGGCGAAGAACAGGAGGUACGUGGUGGUGUCCGGGACCCCCGAGAAAAUCCUGGAGCACUUGCUGAAUGACUUGACGCUGGAUGACGACCAAGGGUCAACACGGGAGAAAGAGUCAGAUACACUUCUGGAUGACUUCCUGUUAACCUACCCAAUGUUCAUGUCAACCAGUGAUUUAUGCCAAGCUCUUCUAGGGCAUUAUUGCACCAAGCGACACAGAGGGAAAGAAGAUCUAAAGGAGGCUCUGGAAAGAAAACAAAAAGUCCUGCACCUGGUGUCGAAGUGGGUGUCUCUCUGUAAAGACUUCCUGAGGGAAGACRAGCAUGUCACAUUUUUCAUGAAGGCUUUGUAUCGUCACACUUACGAUGAUAUUUAUGAGCACCCGGCCCUGGAGAAGGAAAGACGGGAACUGCAGAAACUCUACCGGCUGCACUGCAGGCAUCCAGUGGACGAUGAAUCUCCUCACAGAAACAGCAAACCUCUUUCCCACCAUUUGAGCUUUAAAGAGAAUGGACUGAGGUCUAGAAGCACUCAGAGGGAAACCAAGGAAGUUCUGUGUCGUGUGUACGUCAGCAUGGACUCCUACCUGAGUGUGAAGGUGGACAGUGAGGCUGUAGCUCAGGAGCUGUUGCAGACUGUGGCYGACAGGAUGGAUGUUCCUCAGGCAGAACUCCUGCUUGUGGCCGCCACUUAUCCCGGAGGUCGACUCCUCCUGCAGCCCGAGGACAGAGUAUUCUCCCGUUCUUUACAGUCUGUCGGGAGGCUUCAUGUCUGCAGGAAAGACUUUGGUGAAGUCCUGAACCUGUUCACUGACAACUCAGAGCUGCAGCAGAGGACGGUCCGUAUGCUGAGUUUAACCUCGUGGGAUGUGGCCGUGGCACUCACCAGCUUUGACUGGUCGGUUUUCAGCUCCAUGCAUGAGCAGGAACUGGUGUACUUCACCUUCAGCCGACACGUUCGCAGCGACCACACUACGGCCUUGGAGCUGCUGCUGCAGCGCUGCAACGAGGUGCAGCUGUGGGUGAUGACGGAGGUGCUGCUGUGCCCCACCCUCUGCAAAAGAGUCCAGCUCAUCAAGAAGUUCAUCAAGAUUGCCGCUCACUGUAAAGCACAGAGGAACCUCAACAGCUUCUUUGCCAUCAUWAUGGGCCUGAACGCUGCAGCCGUCAGUCGCCUCAGUCAGACGUGGGAGAAAGUUCCCGGAAAGUUUAAAAAGCUGUUCUCAGAGCUGGAGACAGUCACAGAUCCCUCGCUGAACCACAAGGCCUACAGGGACUCCUUCAAGAAGAUGAAGGCUCCAAAGAUUCCCUUUCUUCCUCUGCUUCUGAAAGAUAUUACAUUCAUUCAUGAAGGCAACAAAACGUUUCAUGAUAACCUGGUCAAUUUUGAGAAGCUGCACAUGAUAGCAGAGAUGGCGCGACUCAUCUGGCAGUGUCAGAAAGAUCACACUGGAGAUGGAAUAACCCAGAAAAGUAGCUCAGAGGUUCGAGCGUACAUCGAUUACCUUCAUGUCAUCGACAAUCAGCAGACUCUGUUUGAACUGUCACACAGGCUGGAGCCUCGGGCUUAGAGAGAGAAAAAAGACUUUUUUCUCCCGCUCUUUCCUCACUGCUGAAUUGCCAAGGAUCAACCUGUCACUGUCUCAUCUCGUAGCGCUCAGGACUCGCAGGCCUGUCCCUGCUGAACACGAGAUAGAGAAAUCAGAGAGGAGGCCACCAGAGACAUAAACAAGUUGGGGUAAAAAAAAAAUACAAUAUUAGGAGGACUGCAGAUGUUUGCAUAGAUCCACAACAGUCUGAUCCAUGUCAGCUGAGAGCAGGCUCAGACCAUCAAA